AUGUCGGGAACUAGCGGCAAGGGCAAGCCACCAAUCACGGUCGCAUUCUUGCCAGGCACAUCCUCGCCCGGAGCACUACUCUCCUUCCGCCAACCUGCAAUGACGAAGGUGACUUGGGGCAUGCGCAUGCGCUGUAGGCAUGCAUCGCUGCUCCGCUCGCCAAUCCGUCUGGAGGGAGCCCAGAGCGGUAUUGGGUCGCGCAUCGCAGGCUCACAGACGACCUCUGCGGCAGGCGACGUGCUAUGCGCGUCUCAACCAGCGCCAAAGGCAGCCUCAGCCAGGACCUGUCGGCCAAGUGCACCUCGUAGCUGAUCUAUAA